AUGUGCUGGGUGCUGGGUGCACUGCUGGCGGUGGUGGUGGCAGCUGAAGUCGGUAUACCCGAUGCUUGUCUCGCUGCCGAUGGCAUCUAUCCCCGUCAUACUAUCCUCGACUCGGCAUCAGGUGGCGCCGAUCUGGUGCUCUACGUCGAUGUGGAUAGCAAUGGACGAGACGACGUCGUUGUUGCCAUGGCUAGUGCUGGCAUGUUGGUGGUGUAUGCUCCGGCGAAGACUGUCGUCGACGUGGGCGUGACCGGCGUGGCCGCGAUGGCUGUCGCUGAUGUGGAUGCCGAUGCCGACGUCGACAUUGUUCUCGCGCUCGCCGCUGAGCUCCGCUGGUAUGCCAACAACGGUGAUGGUAGCUUUGCGCCCAGCGCACUGGUUUCGUCUGCGGUUGCCGGCGCCGACUCGAUUGCUAUCGCUGAUCUGGACGGCGACGGGCGGCCGGACCUAGCCGCGGCAGCCUCUGGCCCCGGUUCGGUUGUCUGGCUGCGCGCGACCGGUCCGCUCGGUAUCUUCGCAGCGCCGGCCACGGUGGCCACGUUUCAGCUCGGUGUGCGUGCGUUGGCGGCUGUCGAUGCCGACGGCGACGGCGAUGUUGACCUCGCGGCGGCCGUCGUCGGCAGCAACGCUGUUGUCUGGUUCGACAACGCAGACAGCUCUUUCACACCUCGCACAGUGGCUGGCGGUCUCGUCGGUCUCGCGCCAGCGCUUGCUACCGGUGACAUCAACAACGACGGACGCCCCGACUUUGUCGCCGCCCACGCCGGGCGGGUGGUCUGGAUAGCAAGCCGCUCCACGUCUGGGUGGCUUGCUCCGGCUGCGAUGGUAACUGGCACCCCGGGUGUAGUCAGCCUUGCCGUGCACGACGUCAACCUUGAUGGGUUUCACGAUGUGGUGUUUGCGUCGGAUGCUCGCGCUGCCUGGGUCCCCACAGCCGCGGAUGGCGGCUGGCUUGGUCCGCAGCAGAACGUGACUGACUCGUUGACCGCCAUCCGUGCUUUGGCGGUGUCAUCAGCCGGCGGCGCUGAGACUGGGACCAGAAUGGCGGUUGCCACCGGAAACACCGUUGACGCCGUCGUCGAAUAUGUGCCGCGCGCCGCCAAUGCCUCGCUUCGUAGGCUGGAGACUGUUCACAGUAACUCAGGCUACCUGUCCGACUUAACCACAGCAGAUCUCAAUGGCGACUCAUACCUCGACCUCAUCAGCGCGGUUGCAGGCGGUGGUGUUGUGUGGUACCCAAACCUUGCUGGUACUUUUGGCGCACAGAUCCAGAUCGCCGGAACCGUUGACCGUUCUCGGCGAGUUCGUGUCGGUGACAUGGACGGUGAUGGCGAUCUGGAUCUGGUUGUCACAUCAUCGGGAAGCGACUUUUCGCCCGGUAAGGUGGCCUGGUUCGAGAACCUCGAUGGCAAGGGCUCAUUUCCUAUCGAGAGCAUUGUCUUGUCCGGCGUCCUCACGUCGCCGCAGGCGCUCGAUCUUGGCGACAUCGACGGUGACGGUGACCUUGACAUUGGUGUCACCUCGCUCAAAGACGAAUACAACAGCGCGUCCGAGCAGGUGGCCUGGAUUGAGAAUCGACUGCGUGAGCCACAGGCCGACUUUGCUCCCCCGGUCAUCAUCGAAGACCCUGUCGACUCGGCUAACAACCUUGUGCUUGCUGACUUGGACGGAGACGGAACAGUAGACAUGGCUGUUGCCUGCACUGCUGCGGCAUCGGGCACCCGCAUGUAUCUCAACACCAACGGCGACGGAUCAGCUUGGUCAUUUGUGCAGCUCGCACCAGCAUACGGUUAUUCAGUUGCAAUCUUUGUCGCAGACAUGAACCGCGACAGCCUCGUCGAUCUUGUACUCCGCGCCUCGGACCUGAUCUGGCUGGAGAACGGCGGCAGUGGGAAUUUUUCCACCAUUCACACCAUAUCGUUGGCCCCGCCGUCGUCCGUCAACCUUGUCGACUAUGACCAUGACGGUGACCUGGAUGUCCUGGGCGACGUUCGCUUCGACGACUUUGGCUGGUAUGAGAACCUCAAUGGCCUCGGCUCGGUCUGGUCGGCCAAGCAGAUCCUCUACUCGUCCUCACUCACGUUGGACACCGCGCUCACGUUUGACGUCGACUUUGACGGCGACUGGGACAUCGUCAUUGUCGAGAGUGACGUUGGCGCCGAUCUCAACAUGCUCCGCGGUGACGUUCGUUCGGCGCUCACGCCGCUGGCCACCACGACGGACAUGCGCGAAAUGGCACGGCUGUCGUCGAUCUGCCGCACCGUUCCGCUCACCAUGGCGUGCGUCCACCACCAGGCUUCGAUGGCUAUGUCAGCGUGCGCUGCGAGCACACUAGUCCUCCCUGUGGGCGUGUACACAGGCUGUCGUAAGGACAGCCACGUGACGAUCUCGGGUCUCUUUCUUACCAUGGCUGCCAGCGGUGAAGCUGGCGCGGUCACCUUUGACUGCAACGCCGCCGGCGGAGUACUCUACACCGUGUCCGAUGGCGGCGCACUAACGCUGAACGGCAUGAACAUCUAUGACACAACCACCGGGAGCAUCGGUGCUCAAAGCUCGCCCGGCCUGCGGGUGGUCGGCUCAAGAUCGAUGCUCAAGCUCAAGGACGCGCAGAUGGUGCGCUGUGCAGCGGGUCUUCAGCUGGACUCGCGCGAGGUGACUGACGCUGGCCGCGGCGGUGCGAUUGUCGUCGCUGACGGUGCGCUGCUGGUGGCUGAGAACGUCCGAUUCACACAGUCCAGCGCAGCGAACGCUGGCGGUGCCAUCUUUGCUCGGGAUGCCGGCACACGAGUCUCUCUGCUCGCCACCACGAUCGAGCUUAGCUCUGCUGGCAGCAAUGGUGGUGGUGUGGCAGUUGUCGAUGGCGCGCGGAUUGAGGCCGAUGCCGCAAGCGUGAUUCGCAGCAAUGUCGCCGGCGGCAGCGGCGGCGGGCUAUACACUUUGAAUGCCAGUUGCGAGUUGGUUGGAACGUCGAUGGUGGCCAAUACCGCCGGUCCGCUCCAGCUUGGCGGAGGUGCGGCCUUGAUCUCGCCGCUCAGCGAGUCGAGCCUGGCCGGGCUGGUGAUCGGAGGCAACGACGCCGGUUUUGGUGGUGCCCUUGCUGUAGUCUCUGCCGAGGUCGAGACUGCUCUCGCAGGCGCGAGGAGCACCCUCGAUCUGCCGUGGCUUGAUGCAAGCUAUGCGACGGCUGCCCUAGGCAACGCGGUGAAGGUGACCGUUGACGACGUGCAGAUGACCGGCAACGUAGGCCGCGCGGCCGGCGGAGGCAUGUUUGCUUGCGGCAUCGCUGCGGCGAUCACGGGCAGCAGUAGCAGCUGGAGCAACGCCGAGAGCGACGGCUGGGUGUGCGCUGUUGACAGCCUCGCCGCAACACCGUCGCGGACCGAAUCUUCUGCGCUUCCGUGGCUGCGGAUGGACGAUGCCGGGUUUGCGGCACUGGCACAGGCGUACAUCACCGGAUCACUGGCUGAGCUUCGGUGGGCCGAGGCACCGGCGACUCUGAUUGAGCCCGGGCUUCCAGCCGUCGGCGUUUUGGGUGGCGUUGACUGGCUCGGUAGCGCAAUGCGCAACAAGGCAAUAACGCCUGUGUGGCAGUUUGAGGUCCCCGAGUCGGUGAUCAUGCCAGCCGCAGUGACAGUUCCGCUGGUCGCCGAUUUCAACACCGCACCCGAGGUGGUGGCGCAGGUCCGGCUGUCGCAAGCCGGUAACAUUCCAGCCGCUGUGCGAUGGCAAGUGGAUGCAGGAAGCAGCAGUACGGUGGCUCCGCUGGUGGGUGUGUUCAACAUCACAGUAUGUGGUCCCGGAUCGGGCGGAGUGGUAGUCCAGCGAGCCGGAGCCGAGCCUGUCGUUGUGUGCGCGCCGUGCGGCGCCGGGCUGCGAUCGCCGUCGGAGGGCGGGCUUGCAGGCUGUGUGCCGCUCGCUGAGUGCCCGAUCCACACGCUUCGGGUAGCCGCAACGACCAACAGCACGGCCCGAUGCGAGUGCAAGGUUGGGUUCUGGACCGCAGUUGCCAAGUACGACGUGGCGUGCGAGGCGUGCCCUGUCGGGGCGCUUUGUAGCGGCGGGCUUGGGCAGCCGCAGGCGGCGCCGGGCUUCUUUCCGGACGCGAGCAAUCCCGGCCUAUUCAUUUCGUGCCCGCAACCCUCGGCGUGCACCGGAUCCGGGCAGUGUGCAGCAGGAUACACCUCGCGGUUGUGCGCGCAAUGCGCCGAUGGGUACUAUCGGAUGGGCGGCAGUUGCCGCAAGUGUUCGAGCGGAAGAACUGGAGUAGUGGUGCUUCUCCUCCUCAUCGGUGCUGCAGGCGUGACCGCGGUCCUUAUCGGGUUCAAUCUCGCCGAGGCCAUCAACUACAAAUUUGCUUCGGUGAUGAUCGGGCUCAACGCACUGCAGAUUUCUGCGAUUUUCGGGCAGCUGCAGCUGGACUGGGGCACGUUUGCAACGACAUACUUUGACGUGGCGUCUGCGAUGAACGUCGACUUUGCGCUUGCGUCGCCGGAGUGCUCAUCUGCGGGUGGAACCGAUGUGUGGGUGCUCAAGCUCUGGCUCACCCUCCUGCUUCCUGUCUUUGCCGCCUGUAUGGUGGCUGCGGUCGGCGUCGGCUACGCUGGGGUAAUCAAGGCCAGGCUGACUCCGCUGCGGACGCGGACGAUGGCCGCGCUGGUGUCCGCGUGCGGACGAAGCCUCUUCCAGCUUGUGGUUUUGCUGUAUCUGCCGCUCACGGCCGCGGCGUUCUCAGUCUUUGGUUGCUAUCGCGACGAAUCUGGGCGGUGGGUGCUUGCAGCGGAUCCAGCGCGAACGUGCUUCACGUCAGCGUGGUGGGGCGGGCUGUUUGUGCCGGGCCUGCUGUUUGUGUGUGUGUAUGCGAUUGGCAUUCCAAGCCUGGUGGUGUACGUGCUGUACACGCAGCGGCAGCGGCUGGACGAGAUCGCAUACGUGCUCAAGUUCGGCUUCCUUGUCGGGCGAUUCGAGCGUGACAAGUGGUGGUACGAGGCGAUGAUCAUGGCGCGCAAGGUCGGGGUUGUGAUCUGCAUGACAUUCUUCUCCACUCAGCCGGGCAAGGCCAACGCGGCAGUGCUCGUGCUUGCAGCGUCGCUUGCGCAUGUCAUGCUCAGCUCGCCGUACGGCUGCGCUCUCCACAACCACGCGGCCAUGGUGGUGCUCGCAGCCACUACGCUGGUGCUGUACGCGGGCACAUUCCGUGACUUUGCGCUGCGGAGGACCGGGGUGAUCAUGGGAGUGAUUGUGACAAUCAUAGCCAUGGUGACCGGCAGCAUACUCGACCUAUGGAGGCUGAGGCUUGAGGAGAAGGAGGCCGACGACGAAUUCUACACCGACGGCGUCUUCCGCAUGGAUCAGGGUGAGACGGAGAGCCCGACGUCGUCGGCAGUGACCAUGACUUCGGUCGAUUUAGGCAUCGCGGGAAACGGCAAGAUACACACCGCUCAAGUCGGCACCGAGUUUGGUGUUGACAGCAUCGGCAGCCUCGCAACAGCCCGGACGGCCUGGCAUCGGCAGAUCUGA